AUGGCAAUGGAGUUGUCGCCGGAGGAGAUGCGUUCCAUCGCCAAGGAGGCCUUUGUCUACGGAUGGCCCAUCUGUGAAAACUACAACACCCUCUAUGCCUAUGCCAUUGACGUGGACGGCCCAGCCUACAAGGCACCGAUGAACCAUCUCCACAGCGAGGCGCGGGUGUUUACGCCGGAGGACAAGGUGGUGGUGACGCCCAACUCAGACACGCCCUACUCCUUCAUUUGGAUGGACUUACGUGCUGAGCCCGUCUUGCUGACGGUUCCGAAGAUGGAGGAGGAUCGCUAUUUCUCCUUCCAGCUGAUCGACAUGUACACGCACAACUUUGCCUACCUGGGCACCCGAUGCACUGGCAACCAAGGAGGUGUCUACAUGGUAACCGGCCCCAACUGGACAGGGGGCAGUGAUGGAGCACAUGUGGACCAGGAGUACACCUGUGAGACGCCCUUCGCCUUGGCCAUUGUGCGGACCCAGCUCAAGGGGCCGGAAGACCUGGAGAGGGUGAAGGAGAUCCAACACGGGUACCAGGCCUACACCUUGAGCGCCUUCCUGGGGAAGUUGGGCCAUGAGGCAAGCGCCAUCACCUGGCCCAAGUCCAACAAGGCGCUGACCGGCACCGUGAAGAUGUUCGAAAUCCUCGACUUUGUGCUUUGCCUGCUGCCGGUGCAUCCCAGCGAGCAGGACUUGCGCGAUAACUUCCUAAAGAUGGGCAUUGGCAGUGGCACCUUCCAGGUGUCGGAGGCCAACCAAAGUGCCCUGGAGCUUGGCAUCAAGGAUGCCUGGGCCGAGUAUGACGAGGUCAUCGAGCAGGGCAUCGCGCGGGGCCUGGUGACCAGCGCGGAGCUCUUCGGCACCCGAGGCUUCCUGAAGAAUCAGUACAUCAAGCGCUUCGGGGGCGCCAAGGUGGGCCUCUAUGGCAACUCCCGGGAGGAGGCCUUUUAUCCCUUCUACAAGAUGGCCGACGGGCAACCGCUGGACGCCUCCAAGUCCUCCUACCAGCUGGUGCUGAGCAAAGAAGACCAGGAGAUCGCCAGGGCCUUCUGGUCGCUGACGAUGUAUGAUGGCAUCACCCAGCUCCUGGUGCCCAACGCAUUGCAGCGGUACCUCUUCAACAGCCCGAUGUUGCCGUCAAUGCGGCAAGCGGAAGACGGCUCGGUGACGUUGCACGUCUCCGCAGCCUCCCCGGGCCCGGAGAAGGAGAGCGAAGCCGGGUGGAAGCAUGCAGGGCGUGUACAGACUGCUAUGAAGAAGCUGGAAGCCCCGAGUGAAGAGACCGGAGCCACCAUAGCUGCCAGCUUUUGGGGAGAAAAUUUCCGGGGCCAGCAGGAUGAGUUGCGCCACUUGCCGCUUCUCCGAGGCGAGAAAGGCGCGCCACUCUGGACGGCCUCAGCCUUUCGAGAUGAGGUGGGCCAUAUGGCAAUGGACCGGGAGGGGCGAUGGGCCGCGGAAGAGGACUGGCUGCAUCCGAGUGCCAAGGUGAAGAAGCCGGAAAACAUUGACUGCGACAAUGCGGUGGACCUGCUCAAGAACAUGGUGGACGAGGAAAGGCACUUCGAGCUGUUGCUGGGAGUGGGCUUGGCGCUGGCGAUUCUGGUGGCCCUCGGCAGCAGCUGCUUCAUCGUGGGCCUUAAGGUCAAGCCUCGAGCGCCUUCCUACUGGAGCAAUAGGACGUGGAGUCCCUUCCACAACGACUUCGAGGCGGAGGUGGAUGUGACCAUGGAGUUGCGAGAUACGGUGCAGCAGCUCUUUGACAUGACCACCAAGAAGGCGCUGAUGUCCAACGCCCACGCCGCGGGGUGCCGGAGUUUGCACGUGGAGGUCACCGAGAAAGCCCACGAGCUGCGGAACAUCCGGUGGCUGCACUUUCCCAAGGCAGGCACCAGCUUCAUUUCCACCAUCUGGAACUACGCCUGCGCGCGGAAAGCUCCAUUGGACUUGGCGAUUGGCAAAACGCACGUGUACGACUUCGCGCUGAUGAGCCGCUACCCAUCGGUGCAGUAUUGCGAGCCUGGUGUUCUGAGCGACCGCUUCAUCACGCAGCAUCAGGCGGUAACACUCCACGAGGUCAAGCAACGGGGAUGGAACGUGAUUGGAAUGUUCCGCAAGCCCUCCCAGCGCCUGAUCUCGGCCUUUCACAACAGCAUGCACACCUCCUGGCUCUGUGAAGAAGACCGCCAUGAACUGGUGGAGACCUGCGCGCAACAAAACCACACCCCGGCCUGCUAUGCCCGGUUCCCCGGCAUCGCGGGCUGCACUGCGCGCAUGUUGACCGGCGGCCGGUGCGCGCAGGGCCGCAUGGAGCGUGAAGAGGGCGAGGUGUUUGAUGCUGGAGCUUCCAGCCUCAGCCAAGCUUUGCAAAUGCUUAAGAAGAUGGCCUUUGUCGGCAUGACCGAGCAGUGGGAUCUCUCCAUCUGCCUCUUUCAUCGCAUGUUCGGCGGCAAUGUCAGUGCUUCGCAGUUGGUGGACAUUCAUACCUUCCGCGGCGACCACGAGGGCUACGACGAGUCGGUCUUGGAGGGCUUUGUGGACCACGUGGACGAGCAGAUCUACGAAGCGGCGAGCCGCCGCUUCAACCAGCUGCUCCAAGAGCACGUCGGAUCUGAUCUCUCCGUGUGCGGCGGAAUUAUGAAGCGCAGUGAGGAGGAGGAGAAGGCAGACACCUGCUCAUGCGAGAGCCAGGGGAUGGAGUGCGGUCGCGCCCCGUCCGGCCUGGAGUGCGGCACUUGCCCCACGAUUCGCAUCAAGGAGAUGCACAACAUGUCCGACGCGGACGUGCAGUGCGAUGCGGGCAAGUGCUUCGUCAACUCUCAGCAUCGCCCAGACAUUUUCGCGUGGAGCGACGCCAUGGGCUUGGGACGGGAUGGCGCCUGGGCGACUCACAAGUCCUUCCGGGUGCUCAAGGUGACCCGCAUCGAGAACGGCCCGCUGUGGUCCGCCUAUGCACAGCUGAGGAAGACCAUCAGUCCGGUGGAGGCCACUUUGAAGAAGAUGUCCAAGGACUGGCAGGAUUGGACGCGACGAUCCCUUGAGGUGAUUGACACCGUGCACGAGGGGCGAAAUGCCAGCGGCUCCAUCAAGACCUUCAUCAAGUCCUUAAACCUGGACGAGCGACGCAACGAGCGGCUCAUGUUCCACGGCUCCCCGGGUGCUGGGGCCCGGCAUCCAGGCACCGGCCAGGUGCUCUUCCCAUCGCAGGAGACCUCCCCGGUGUAUGCCAUCAAGUGCGCCGGCUUCGACGACAGGCUGGGCAGCGUGAAGGGCAUGUACGGCUCCGGCACUUACUUCGCAGACAUGGCCAGCAAGGCGGACCAAUACGCCGGCCAGUACAAUCAGAAUGGCCAGGGCAGCUUGGGAGAGAGGGCCACCAUGUUUCUGAGCCGCGUCACGCUGGGUUGCCCCUACACCACGAACCAGUCCUUGGAGCAGCUCCGGCGGCCCCCGUGCCUGCAAGGGCAUUUCGACCUCAACCUCUUCUGGAACGAGGACGUGAUGUACGGGCGGCCCUGGAAAGAUAAGGCGGUGCCAUUGUGCAUUUGCAGCCACGAGCGCUUUGACUCCAUCAUGGGGGACUUCUUCAUCGAUGGCCAAAAGAAGAUGUACCGGGAGUUCAUCGUCUACGACCGCCAGUGCUAUCCCGAGUUCUGCGUCACCUACGAACGAUGCCCCUAA